AUGUCGGGAAGUGAAUCAAGGCAUUACGGUGAGUGGUCUCUGUCGAGCUGGUACGAUUUAUUACCAGGUCCUGACCGUCUUCUCGAAGUCUCCACUUCAUUAAACGAAAGUGAUGCUUGGAGUUUAGUUUACGGUUGGACAGAAAAGCUGCUAAGCGGUGGAAUGGGCCAUGAAAAACUACAAGGAAUAACUGACGCACUGUUAUACAAUCACUGGAAUCAGGCGAAGCGAAUGGGCUGCAUGGGUGUUCAAUUCACCUACAUAAAUGGCUUUUAUCACAGAUUUAUCUGGAGGAGUUCGUGA